AUGUGCCCCAUACAUUGUGCAUUCAUCGUUAACACUGCAUCGGCAGCUGCAGUCGUUUCUGCAACGGGUCUUUCUAUUCAGCUAAUAAACAAUGCCGAUGAAACAGCGCUCAUAACUCAUGCGAUUCUCUUCUUUGCUAUUAAUGUUGUCGGUUUUUUCGUGUUCUAUCCACUGGAACUCGUACAACGAAAAACGUUUCGGGAGACGAGGAAAUGCGUGGAGACGCGGAUGAUGCUUGUCAGGGAGUUGGACAAACAGGAGAAGAUACUGCUCAGCGUACUGCCGAAACACAUAGCCUAUGAGGUGAAAGAUGACAUGGAAGGGCGUGAGAAAGAACAAAUGUUCCACAAAAUCUACAUACGGAAGCAUGAGAAUAUCAGGUGUCGUUCCCAAAGGGAUAUCUCCCGUGCUUUGGAGGAUUUCUGGGCCGGUUCUGGGCUAAGAAUAGAGGAACGAAUUAAGAGCGAAGAAAUUUGUGAAAGUAGUAAGUAA